AUAGUAUUACCAGCACACUAGAAAACCCAAUUUUAAGGCGGCCGUUUCUUCAUAAUAACGUCAAUCAAAUCAAAAUCAACCUGCGAUCAAACCCAUUUUUCCGAAUUCGCAAUCCAAGUUUCAUCUGACGUCCACUAUGGUAGAAGGAGCCCGAGUCCGACUUAGAGGUUGGCAGCAGGCUGCAGUUGCCCUUGGGUCUGCAAUUGGUGCAUUAGUAGACCCAAGAAGAGCUGAUUUGAUAGCUGCGUUGGGGGAAACGACUGGGAAACCUGCUUUUGAGAGAGUACUUGAAAGAAUGAAAAGGAAUCCCGAAGGCAGGGAAAUAUUGUUGCAUCGUCCUCGUGUUAUCUCUGCGAACGUGGGACAUGCAUGGGAUCUACCUGAUAACACAUUUGGUGCUGCGUAUGCAAAGUUCAUGGGAUCAAGAAACUUCUCACCAGACGAUAGACCACCAGUGAGGUUCAUGGAAACAGACGAGCUUGCAUAUGUAGCCAUGCGUGCACGUGAAGUGCAUGACUUCUGGCACACACUUUUUGGCCUUCCGACAAAUUUGAUUGGUGAGUCAGCACUGAAAGUCAUAGAAUUUGAGCAAAUGUUUCUUCCAAUGUGCUUCUUGUCUGUCGUUGGAGGAACCGCGAGGUUUAGCGACAAACAACGAUCUUUGUUUUAUCAGCAUUACUUCCCUUGGGCUAUCCGGGCAGGUGUGAAAUCAACCGAUCUUAUGUGUGUUUAUUACGAGAAGCAUUUUAAUGAAGAUUUAGAGGAAGUGAGGAAGAGAUGGGGCAUCAUACCUGCUCCUUCCGUUCAGCGGUAGUUUGAUAAGUGUUUUUCAAGAUGCAAUGCGAUAGUUGGGAACAAAGAGCUUGUCAUAAAUUUGUACUGAUGUAGAUUUUAGCAUAUAAAAGUUUGGUUGGUUCUGAAUGAUAUCAACAAAUUCAUGCUGUUAAUUUCUUUAUAUGUCCGAAUAUAUGAAAUUUUGAAUGAAUACGAAAGAAAAAAGGGCUUAAAUUUGGCUGUCA